GCCGAUUGACUCAAGACGAGCGACUAGACUACGAUGGUUCCAAGCUCGCUCAGCUGGCUGUACAUCCCACGUGCGAUUGCAAUCGUACGUAUAGCCCUGGGCCACAGAAGGUGGCACCAUGCCACGACCCUAGCGUCAUCACGUCCACCUCGAGGCAUAAGUCAGGGAAGUCACAGAGGACAAGGAGCUGUACAACCAGUGCACAUAACGUCCGAUGCCGUAGUGUUCUGUAUGAAGGGACGCCCGCUCAACCUCUACAACAUUCAUCCUCAACCUCAGGCGGGCCACGAAUGUAUGGCAAGUGAUGUGCCAAUGGGUCGUGUGGUGUUACCCAGAAGACCGCCAUACGAGUGAAGGGCUCAAUGACUUCCGGAUAUAUAAGCAUGUAAGCCUUUGACUUGUUACGCCAGUCUACAGGUAUGUCGGCAGAGGAGCUGGCGAAGGUGAUUGCGCUUCUCAACACAAUGUUCUCAGUCGGAUGCUGUGAAACGGCAGCGUGCGCGAUCCACACUUAUGAUCGUUGUCUCACCUUCGGGUCGGAGGUGGAUCUCAUAUGGCGCCGCCAACGGAUCACAGUAACGACUGGCCUGUAUCUGCUAUUGCACCUAUCGGCGACAGUGUAUAUGUACACCGGGAUAGUGAGCACUGUGUUUGCGAGCUGCAGAGUAAGCGACAUGGUAACAAAUAUGAUUGAAAGUUGCGCCGCUGUGUCGUUCCAUGUCGUUACCGGUGCAUUCAUGGCAUUGCGUGCCUACGCCAUCAGCAACCGUUCCUUGCCUCUUACAUUCGCCAUUUCUCUGUCUUCCUUGGUGAUCCCUGCGUUGGACGUGUAUCAGAUCUGUACAGCAAUCGCACCAGUUGUACCUUCCCCCGUUGACUGCAUGGUCUUUUCGGCCAUCAAAACAAAGAUUGAACGGCCAUUGUUUGCUUCCGGGGAAGCAUCCACUAUGAUCCCCGAGGUAUGGCUGUUGGUAGCGACCUGGCGGCAUGUCUACAUGGUAAAGACGGCCAACGAGGCUCAACUUGAAGUUGAUACUCCCUUAACAACGCUCAAUCUUAGAGACGGCACUGUUUAUUUUGUCAUUUUCUUCGUCCUUCAACUAGUCAACACCUUGCUGCUCGUGACUACUACUUCCACCAGUCCAUUUUCCGUUCCCAUCGCUAAUGCACUUCAGACGAUCCUCCUCUCCCGCUUCUACCUUAACUUGCAUGAAGCGAACUCGCCUCAAGCCAUGCUAUCUUCCGGCACAUCGCAGCUAUCCGAUCUCAGUUUCGUGCAGGUGGUCGGGAGUUUAGCGGGCACGAUCGCCUACAAUACAGGGAGCCCCGCAGCAGAAGGCAUGGAUUCGCGGAGCAGCAGUGAUCCCGACACCGAUGAAGAGCUUUUGCCAUCCAGGAGAGCAUUCCAGAGUAACGCUCCACCCAGAUCCGGAAUACUCCCGUAGAAGGAGUUCGAAAGCUUGCCUAUAAGAAUAUCA